AUGGAGGCAAUUCUUCAGGCUCAAUCUAAGUUCAAACUCAACCGCGGUUUAAGCAGGAUCAGAGCCGUUCCCAACAAGAACUAUCAGCGGAAUGGUACCAAGUCAUACGUUUAUCUCCUCAACCGAUUUGGUUUUGAGCCAACCAAGCCUGGACCAUACUUCCAUAGCCAUACCCUCCACCAGCGUGGACUCGCUCAUCCUAGAUUCAACGCCGCCCGCGGAGGACGUGCCUAUGUACAAAGGGUUCUCUCCAAGAAGAUUGAUGCAGAGGGAACCAAAACUGGAGAGGUGACUGCCGAUGACCAACAGAAUGAUUCCAUGUAUUUAUGUGAGGUAUCUAUUGGCACACCUCCGCAAAAGCUGAAGUUAGAUUUCGACACCGGCUCCUCAGAUCUUUGGGUUUUUUCAAAUGAAUUAAGCAAGGACACGCAGAAAGGCCAUGCCAUAUUCAACCCUUCUGCAUCAUCUAGCUACAAGAAGCUCGCCGGCAAAACCUGGAAAAUCUCGUAUGGCGAUGGCAGCUCUGCCUCCGGAGAUUGCGGCUCGGACAAUGUUACCAUCGGUGGCUUGACAAUCGAGAAUCAAACUGUCGAGCUCGCCUCCCAGCUGGCCCAGCAGUUCGCUCAAGGCACCGGUGAUGGUCUGCUUGGCCUGGCCUUCCCUCAGAUUAAUACCGUCAUGACGAAUGGCAAAUCUGAUCCUGCAGAGACUCCAGUUGCCAACAUGAUGAGCCAGGGCGACAUCCCUCAGAGCUCUCAGCUCUUCACUUCUGCCUUCUAUAGCGAGCGCGAUGAGAACUCUCCCGAAUCUUUCUACACUUUCGGCUACAUUGAUACUGAUCUUGUUUCCAAAUCUGGGCAGGAGAUCUCGUGGACUAACAUUGACUCUUCUCAAGGCUUCUGGCAGUUCCCAUCCACAAGUGCUUCUGUCAAUGGUAAACCUAUUAAGCUAUCCAACAACACAGCUAUCGCGGACACUGGUACCACACUGGCUUUGGUAUCAGAUGAGGUUUGUGAGGCGCUUUACAAGGCAAUUCCCGGAGCUACCUAUGAUUCGAGCCAGCAGGGUUAUGUCUUCCCUACCAGCGUCAAGGCAGAGGAUAUGCCAGAAUUCAAGGUAGCUGUCGGCGACAAGGAAUUUUUGAUCCAGGCCGAGGACCUAGCGUUUGCACCUGCAGGUAAUGGCAAUUGGUACGGCGGGGUCCAGUCUCGGGGAGACAUGUCAUUUGAUAUCCUCGGAGACACCUUUUUGAAGUCUGUCUACGCGAUUUGGGAUCAAGGAAAUAAGCGGUUUGGUGUUGUCCCAAAAAUUGAAGCAACUCAGAACUUGAAGCCUGCUACUCAGUAG